CGUUAAUCUGAAAAUCUCUCAACAAACGCAGAAGCGAAAUCUCGUAGAAAGCGAUUAUUUCUCUCUCUCUCUCUCUCUCUAUAAAACAAAACCAUCACACCUUUUGAAUUCAACUAACAAAACGACAAAAAAGAUGUAUCGGGAGUCCGUUGCUAUGGCUACCACCACCGCCGCGACGCGGUGGCCGACUCAGCCAACUCAGUGGACUCGAGACCAUGACAAGCUGUUCGAGCGAGCUCUGCUGAUGGUGCCGGAGGAUUUGCCGGACCGGUGGGAGAAGAUCGCCGAACAAGUUCCUGGUAAGUCUGCGGCGGAAAUUAGGGAUCACUAUGAAGCUUUGGUUCAUGAUAUACUGGAAAUUGAUUCGGGUCGGGUUGAGGUGCCGAGUUAUUCUGAUGAAUCGGCUGUGAGUGGUGGUGGAUUGGCUGAAUGGGAUUCUUCGAAUCAAAUUUCGUUUGGUUCGAAGCCGAGACAUGGCGGUGAUAACGAGAGGAAGAAAGGAACUCCAUGGACUGAAGAAGAACACAGGCUGUUUCUUAUUGGGCUGACCAAAUUUGGGAAAGGAGAUUGGAGAAGCAUUUCAAGGAAUGUUGUUGUGACAAGAACACCAACUCAGGUGGCUAGCCAUGCUCAAAAGUACUUUCUUCGCCAGAAUUCGGUGAAGAAAGAGAGGAAAAGAUCAAGUAUUCAUGACAUUACAUCAGUGGACAGUAACUCAGCUCCUGUGCCUAUUGAUCAGAACUGGGUUCCUCCUCCUGGUGGUGGUUCAAUGCAACAACAGUCUCCAGAAAUGCAUCAUUAUCCAUCAAACAAUUUGCAAGAUCAAAUGAGUGCAUAUGGGUAUUCAAACUAUGGCUUUCAAAUGUAAAGAGUGCUAGAAGCCGUGUGAUUUUGUAUAUAGUGCAUUAGAUUUUCAUUUAUCUGGUUUUAUUUGUGAAGUUUAUGGUGUUGCUAGUUGACAGAGUAACUAGGAGUAUGUUGAUAAUUAAAUUAUUAGUGGUUAUAGUUACUUAAAACAAAUAGGGAACUUUUAGGAAUGAUUUCAACAGUAAUGGAAAAUUCUUUCUCUGCUCAAUUGAAUUGCUGCUUUGC